AUGUCUUCACAGUGUAAGCCGAAACUUUCUGAUCUGCGCCUUACGGAGCUCAGAACAGAACUGGAAAAUCGUGAGCUCGACGCAGCGGGGAAAAAGGCUGAUCUAGUGGUUCGUCUGAAGAUCGCACUACAGGAAGAGGGUCAUGAUCCAGAAACCUCCGUGUUUGAGGACAGGCAAACUGCUUUAAUUUCGUCAAUUUCUAAAGAGAUUUCUCAAGUUUCGACAGACAUUACAUCAGCGAACGGAUGGUCUGAAAAAGACAAAGCUGUAAAUCUGGUUAUUGCUCUUCGAGGAGAGGCUUUGGAUGUACUCCAGACCAUAGCUGUAGAGGAGACGAAUUAUUUUGAACAACUCAUGAAGAGACUAAACAUGCGUUAUGGGCACGAACAUUUGGAGUAUGUCUAUCAGGCGCGGCUUAAAAACCGACGACAAAAGAAAGAUGAAGCUCUUCAAGAAUAUGAGCUAGAUAUUGCCAGGCUAGUAUGA